AUGGCGAUGUCGACUAUGGGCAUCAUUAACAAAGGGUCUACUCUUCUACUCUUGACGCUCCUAUCGUUGAUGACAAUAAGUCAUGCCUCUGGGAUAGGAAUAUUUACAAGAAGCGAUUCAUGUCCUACUUCAUACAAUUCAUGCGGAACUGAUGUCCCAUCGGACUUCUGCUGCUCCUCAUCAACAUCAUGUCUUGUUGUCGAGGACGCCACCACGAUCAUCUGCUGCCCAUCUGGAAGCAGCUGUGAAUCCAUCAACCCUAUUACGUGUGAUAUCCAGCAGCAGAACUCUACUGCUCAUCCCAAAGCCGCCAUCAUGACUACUCUCCUUGACGAAUCUCUCCCCAAAUGCGGUGACUCAUGUUGCCCAUUUGGCUACAGCUGCUCAGACGGAUAUUGCUACCUGAACAAGAACGAAACUACAGCUGCAAAUGCAACAUCGACCUCAAGUUCCAGUACCAGUACCAGCUCAAGCACAAGUACGAACACAAAUACGGCGUCAUCAAGCACCAUCUCUCCUUCAAGCAGCAGUUCAGCCACCGGCACAAACGUCACCCCAAUACCAUCAUCAGUUUCUGAAGCGACUGAAAGCACACUUGCACCAUCCGCAAAGUCCACAACAUCCUCCGAAUACCCCAGCAAAGCAAUAGCAGUUGGUUUCUUCCCGGGGGUCCUCUUCGGCGCGAUCCUCGCCCUAUUGAUUUCAACCUGCCUCCGCCACCGCGGUGAAAAGAAACGCGCAGCAGCCCCAGAUCCUCAAGAUCCCCCCAAAGUAGGCCGCACCUGGUCAAUCUCAAGUCCGAUAGCUUCAGAAGACGCAUCAUACAGAACAGAUUUCCUUCUACGAGACAAACAUGCUUCAAUGGGUAGCCGAUCCAUGCGUUCAAUGCUAAACCGCUCUGGCACCCGGGUGCGUAGUCUCUUCUCAAACGGACCUCCCCAACUAGACAAAGAUGCCCCACCCCUCCCUACGCAAAACGCAUCGGAACUUCCCACGGAGCCUGAACCUGCAGCAGAUCCCGUUACUCCGCCAAGACAACGCGAGCCGAGCACGGAGAGUAUCAAAGUGUUUUCGCCCCCUGGUGCGUUUGCGCAGUCACGGCGAUUCUUAGGGCCUGAGCCUUAUCCUAGCCGUAUCGCGAGGCCAUCAACUACGUUCGAGGAUUUGGUACAGGCUGUGGGAUUUAAUGAGAAGGAGGAAAAGGCCAAUAAGUAUUUCAAGGUGCAUCAGGUGCGAAAAAUUACUUGA